AUGUUUAGGAACUUCAGAGGCACUCGACACAGACAUACCCACACCACGCUGACUGGGGGCACGGGGAAGGCUGCUGUCAGCAUCAGGCCAAUUGACACCACACCCCCUCAGAGCCUGGCUGAUGCUCCUGGUCUGGACUCUUCUGAGGAGAAAGUUGUCUCUGCAAAAGUGCAGACCUUCGUGAAGAACAUGCAUCAGAGACUGACAGCCAAGGUGUUCCCAGAGAACAGACUGUUCAUGGACUUUCUGAGGCUGACUGAUACCUACCCCACUGAUGUUGCCUUGACCCUCCUGCGCUGUUCCCCAUCAUGUGACAGAGCUGCUGCAGUCAUGUGGAGGACCAUAGCCUUGUCUGGAACAACAGUGGUGAGGGUGAUGCCAACACUGCUCUACGUGAUGGAGGACUGGCCACUGCACGGCACGUCCACCUCUGAGGGGGACAAGGACAUCUUUGCCCUGGCUGCAACCAUAGUGGUUUGGGAAAUUCUCCAGAUGAUCCGCUACCCAUGCUGGGAGGAACACCGCUUUGCCAGGAAUCCCAGCAGAUUCGCAGUGCUGACCAUGAAGACCCUGCUUUGCCAUCUGCAGUUUGAAAAUAUUGUGAUGGCAAUGGAACGGAAGCGUGGCUGGGACACGCUCCUCAGGCCUGACACCCGCCACUACGCAGUGGGUCUGCUGGCCAGGGAGAUGCGCCGUGUUUCAGUCCCGUUAUGUUCCUGGAUUGCCCUCUGCCUACUGGGGCUUCUCAGCAGGGACAAGCCCUGCUGGGAGGUUCCCGCCAUGGCCUUCCUUGUGGAGGUCCUCGACUGCCUGGACUUGAGAGAAUGCGGUGACAGAGUCCUGGAGAUUGCUUCAAGGCACCUUCAGAGCGAGUGCCCAGAGAGGCGUCGCCUGGCACUCAGAGCUCUUGUGGUGCUGAGCAAAGAUCGUGCGAUGGCCAAGAGAAUGUGCAGCCUCUUGGAAAGUCUCGUGCAGCUCCUGUGGGAUGCAGAUGUCGAGCUGGUUGAGCUGGCCUUGCCAAUACUCCUGAAUAUGCUGCAGAGCAAAGACAUCCUAACCUCCAGCCCCACCGCCCUGAAGCUGGCUGAGGCUCUGCGGCCACUCUUUGACAGUGACAACAGCCAUGUGCAGAUCCUCUCCAUUCACCUGUUCCAAGAGGUGAUGAAGUCGGUAGUGGAUGAGGGAAAGAAGCCCUUGAAGAUACAUGUGGUCCAGAACCUGUUCCCAUUCUUCCUCUACUGGCAUGAUGAGAACCAGCAAGUGGCACAGACCUCUCGGGAAGCGCUGCUUUGUGUAGCCAAAUUUCUGAAGAGGAAGGAUCUCGAGCAGAUGCUGAAGACAGAGCAGCCAUUGAAAUUUGGCGAGUGCUUGCUGGAAAAGGACAAGAGCCAAGUGGCCGAAUAUGUGCACCAGGCCCUUCCAUACCUGGAGAGCCCACAGGAGCCCCUGCAAGAGGAAAUUGUUUCAUUUUCGGGGAAAUAA